GGUGAGGGCCUCGCCACUCCUCCUGCCGACCGCUGCUCCUCCGACCAGUGUCGCCGCGUCCUCCUUCGCCAUGACUUCCUAUAGCUAUCGCCAGUCGUCGGCCACCUCGUCCAUUGGGGGCCUGGGCGGCAGCCCCCUGCGUUUUGGGGUCGGAGGCGCCUUCCGCGCGCCCAGCAUCCACGGGGGCUCUGGUGGCCGCGGCGUGUCGGUGUCCUCCGCCCGCUUCGUGACCUCGUCCUCCUCCGGGGGCUACGGCGGCGGCUAUGCGGGCACCCUGGUCGGGUCCGACGGGCUGCUGGCGGGCAACGAGAAGCAGACUAUGCAGAACCUCAACGACCGCCUGGCCGCCUACCUGGAGAAGGUGCGCGCCCUGGAGGAGGCCAACGGCAACCUAGAGGCCAAGAUCCGCGACUGGUACCUGAAGCAGGGGCCCGGGCCCGCCCGCGACUACAGCCACUACUUCAAGACCAUCGAGGAGCUGCGGGACAAGAUUCUUGGGGCCACCAUUGAGAACUCCAAAAUUGUCCUGCAGAUCGACAAUGCCCGUCUGGCUGCAGAUGACUUCCGUACCAAGUUUGAGACGGAGCAGGCCCUGCGUUUGAGCGUGGAGGCCGACAUCAACGGCCUGCGCAGGGUGCUGGACGAGCUGACCCUGGCCAGAGCCGACCUGGAGAUGCAGAUUGAAGGCCUGAAGGAAGAGCUGGCCUACCUGAAGAAGAACCAUGAGGAGGAAAUCAGUGCCCUGAGGGGCCAGGUGGGUGGCCAGGUCAGUGUGGAGGUGGAUUCUGCUCCAGGCGUUGACCUAGCCAAGAUCCUGAGCGACAUGAGAAGCCAGUAUGAGGUCAUGGCUGAGAAGAACCGGAAGGAUGCUGAAACCUGGUUCAUCAGCAAGACUGAGGAGCUGAACCGGGAGGUCGCUGGCCACACAGAGCAGCUGCAGAUUAGCAAGACGGAGGUCACUGACCUGCGGCGCACUCUCCAGGGCCUGGAGAUCGAGCUGCAGUCUCAGCUCAGCAUGAAAGCUGCCCUGGAAGGCACGCUGGCAGAAACGGAGGCUCGCUUCGGAGCACAGUUGGCACAGAUCCAGGCUCUGAUCAGUAGUAUUGAAGCCCAGCUGAGCGACGUGCGUGCCGACACCGAGCGGCAGAACCAGGAGUACCAGCAGCUCAUGGAUAUCAAGACGAGGCUGGAGCAGGAGAUUGCCACCUACCGCAGCCUGCUGGAGGGCCAGGACGCCCCCACCCUGCUUGUGGGCCCGGGCCGCCCCUUUGACAAGCCACCCCCCCCCAAUGCCCACUGAGUCCGGCAGCCUCCU